UCUAAUCCGAGGAAAACCCGUGUUUUUCUCGUCCAGGAUUCGUCUAUGUUUUUUUUCCCAGCUACAGAAGUGGAGCUAAACCGAAAAGAUUCAGAGUUUCAGAAAUCAGAUCGAACAGUUCAUCAGCUCGUCUGUUUCCUCUCUGGUCGUCUUACUUGCUAAUUGCGACUUAGUUACAAUGUCAAGAAGGCCAAAUACGUCCCGUCGUCUGAUGGAUCCUGCAAACAUUCCAUUUGUGGGCUCCUUGCAUCCAAAAUCACGCCCAUCUUUUUUGUCUAUAGGACUCGUGGUUGUGGGUGCAUUGCUCAUUGUUGGUUACCUAUAUCAUGGUUCAGGUGGAAGAAGCAGACUUGAAGAUUUCAAUAGACUCCAAGGUGGCGUUUCAUGCACAUUAGAGCUUCUAAGAGCAUAUCCUAUACUCAAAAAGGCGUACGGUGAAAGCAUAAAUAAAGUAUUGCAUGUCGGCCCAGACACGUGCUCAGUAGUCUCCAAAUUAUUAAACGACGAGGAUACUGAAGUGUGGGGCAUUGAACCGUAUGACUUAGAAGAUGCUGAUGCCAAUUGCAAGAGUCUGGUUGGCAAAGGGAUUGUGCGUGCUGCUGAUAUCAAGUUUCGACUUCCCUACCGUGCCAAGUCAUUCUCCCUUGUCAUCGUCUCAGAUGCCGUGGAUUACCUGUCCCCAAAAUAUAUUAACAAGACUCUUCCCGAGUUGGCUAGGGUGGCUGCUGAUGGUUUAGUCGUCUUCUCUGGAAUUCCAGGUCAGCGAAGAGCCAAAAUAGCGGAGAUGUCAAAGUUUGGACGCCCUGCCAAAUUUAGGACCCCGUCGUGGUGGAUAAGGUUCUUCGUCCAGGCCAACCUUGAAGAGAACGAAGAUGCAAGUAAGAAGUUCGACGAAGCAGCAGCAGAACAGUCUUAUGUGCCAGCAUGCCAGGUUUUCCACCUCAAACCACUCCAUUGAUCAUGCUGUGAUUCCUCAUGCCUUUGAGUAAGAUCCAAAGCAUAUAUCUAUCGCUAGUCACCUCGUAACUAUUUGAAUGAUCGAAACACCAAAGGUUGCUCUUCAUCCGAAGGUUUUUGGUAGGACUAACGAAUGGUGUGUCUAUGUGGGAUGGACACCAUUGCAAAGCUAACUGCUUAGCUUGCGUUCUGAUGCUGUUGCUUACUAUAGCUGCAUACAUACUCUUUUUCAAGUGUGUUCAUCUGUGUUAGACACAGUUAUUGUAAGAUAAUAACAUUAAUCCUAUGUAGAUCCCGCGAUGUUCGGAUUGAUUUAAAAAUUCUUAUAUAAAAUUUUAAGGAGUGAUAUUACAUGAAA